AUGGCCAGGACCCACCUUUUUCGACAUCCUCCAAUCACAGUGCGCUUCAUUACUCCCAUCGAAUUUCAAUGGCUACAGCCUCUCCAAAUUCACCAGAACAAUUAUCUCCGAAUCCAAAAGCUCCGCGAAGAAAGCCAGGCGCUCGACGAUCAAAUCCGUGAAUGCCUGACAGGCCUUGCCUCUACGCGCAAAGAUGUCCUCUCCACGCAGGCGACGGUGUUCCCCUCGAAACCAGGCUACUCCUUCAGCUACGACGAGCUGCUAAACUACGCCAGGAGGAUAAGCAAGACCACCAUGCCGCCCCCGGAGUCACCAACGGCGUGGUCCCUCGGCAGAAGCGCGGGACAAACCCCGAUUACCACCCAACCCGCCACCCCCAUCUCCCAGCAGCCCAACGAGAUACCGUCCCAGCAGACCAUUGCGUCGACAAACACCACCCUCCCCGAAAAUUUGAGCUUUCACCUAAACCCCCACGCCGGCGCACUCUUCUUCCCCUGGCCCCUCGAAGACAAGAUUCGCUCCGGCGCAUUGUCAAGCAAUCAGCUCCUCGAGGAGCAAGGCGUGGACCCCAAGAACUACGAUCCCGUCGCGGAAGAGGAGAAGAGGCAGCGGGAAGAAGACGAGAAGCGACAGCGUGAGGAGGAGGAGCGGAUCCGCCGCGAGGAGCAGGAACGCAAGCUGCGGGAGGAGAGGGAGCGUGCCAUACUCGAGCGUGCAAAGCGAAGAGAAGAGGAACAGGCCGAAGGGUGGAGGAAAAACAGUGUUGCCGGAGGCGCGUCGAGCCAACCGGCGAGCAGUACGGCUGGGCCCGGAGAGAAGAAGCAGUUUCAGUUUACUAGCAUCGACGAUAUGGAUGAUGAUGACUAG